AUGGCCCGAGCGCGCAAUCUAAUUGUUGCUUCGGGUUUAGUUGCUUUCGCUGCAGCAGGCAUGUCUUUUCCCUUCUACAUGGCUUCAUCAAGGAAGCCUGUUAUUGAUUCAACAAAGCCCCUUCCACCACAGGCAACUUUUCGAGGACCUUACAUUAACACAGGCUCGCGUGAUGUUGGUCCUGAUGUUGGUCUCCAGAAGAAAUGA